UUCACCGGCUGCAGGGCUGAGCUCACCACACCGAGUCGGCCGGGGAUGUGCGCGCCGCGGGCUCCUGUCAUCCCGGUAAACCAGUUGCACGAGACGGUGACUCCGCUGCUCCUGGGAGCCGGUGGUCGCCACGGCCGAGGUCCGGAGGGGGGAGACGGAAGACUCCUGUCCGGCUGUAGCCCAGGUGCUGUGGUGCCACGAUGAAGAAGCCCUCGGAGGCGGUCCUGCUGCUGUUGCUGCUGUUCUUCACGCCGCAUGCAAAGGGAACGCGCUUCAGCCCUCCAGGGAAACCCGCUCUGACCAGAUGCCGCUCUCCGGAAAAAGAGACCUUCACCUGCUGGUGGGAGCCAGGCCCUGACGGGGGACUGACCACGACCUACGCCCUGUACUAUCGCAAAGAGAACUCCGAGGCGGUGUACGAGUGUCCCGACUACCACACAGCCGGGGAGAACUCCUGCUUCUUUAACAAGAACGAUACGUCCAUCUGGGUCAACUACAACAUCACUGUGGUGGCCACCAACACACUUGGCAGCACCUUCUCCGACCCAGUGGACAUAGAUGUGGUCUACAUUGUCAAGCCUAAUCCACCAGAGAAGCUGACAGUGACUGUAAUGGAGGACAAGGGCUGGCCCUUCCUCCGGGUGUCAUGGGAACCGCCGCACAAGGCCGACACCCGCUCCGGCUGGAUCACGCUCAUCUACGAGCUCCGCGUCAAGUUGGAGGGAGAAGAUGACUGGGAGAUGCAUCUUGCAGGCCAACAGAAGACGUUUAAUAUUUUCAGUCUGCGGUCAGGCGGUACAUACCACGUCCAGGUGCGCUGUAAGCCCGACCAUGGCUUCUGGAGCGAAUGGAGUUCCACCUCCUACAUCAAAGUUCCUGACUAUUUCCAUCGAGAGAAGUCGGCGUGGAUCCUCAUCAUGGUCUUCACUGCCUUCAUCUUCCUCAUCCUCACAUGGUUGUUGCACAUGAACAGUCACAGAAGUCUGAAGCAUUGUAUCCUGCCGCCAGUCCCUGGCCCUAAAAUCAGAGGAUUUGAUGAGAAGCUUCUCAAGAACGGCAAGUCUGAGGACAUCUUCAGUGCACUGGUGGUGUCUGGUUUCCCCCCAACCAUGUCAUCCAAUUGUGAGGACUUGCUGGUGGAGUAUUUGGAGGUGUAUGUCCCCGAUGAGCAUGAGCUGAUGCUGGAGGAGGGCAAGGAUCUACAUGACCAUUGCCUGAAAUCUGAGGGCUCCACCUCGGACAACGACUCCGGCCGGGGCAGCUGCGACAGCCACACUCUGCUAAUGGACAAGUGCGGCGAAGCGAAAGAGCAAGGGAGGCAAACGGAGCAGGAAGAACGGCCAGUGGAGACGCAGCGGCACCAGAAAGAGUGGAAUGAGGACACAUUGCCUUACGCUCAUGAGGACACCGUGAGCCCUGACAUGUCCAGUGGAAGGGUCAAAACCUGGCCCUCUGUGUUUUGUCCACUGCCUCAGUACAGCUCGAGCCCACCGAACCAUACGAGCUCGCUUGAGAUAGCCAAACAGCACUGUCUCUCCGACAGCCUCUUCCCCCCUGGCUCCACCUCCUCCUACCUCACCCAUCCUGGCCAUAGCACCAAGGAGACUCUCGGACCAAGCCGCUGGGAGUUCAGCCUGAGCAACAAGCAGCCGCGUUCGCUGCAUCCCCAGAUGCAGACCCGCCAGCAGCUGCAGGCCCGCAGCGACAUCAACCUCUCCAACGUUGGCUGCGAGCAAGCACCUGCCGGUCUGCUGCCGCCCACCGCCCGGCCCACUGAGUACGUAGAGGUCCAGAGGGUCAACGAGGAGGACAUGGUGCUCCUCAAGCCCGUCGCGUCGGGCCGAGGCUGUGGCGACGGAUGCCCGCGGCUGCGCCAGGCGGAGGACUACAGCAAGGUAAAGGGAGUGAACAGUGACCAUACGCUGCUGCUCCAGAGAGAGGUGAUGGGCGAGGAGGCGGAGAGGUGCCCUUGUCAGGACCAGGAGACGAACGGAGAGACAGAUAGCUGCAUCACAUCCUCCACCGUGACCACCACACAGAAGCCUCCAGCCUGCAAUUACACUGCCGCGGCCGUACAGGACAAAAUGGCCCCGACAGUGAGUGGCUAUGUUGACACUGCCUCCAUCUUUACACUGCCGACUUACUAGGCAACCGGCAGGUCUGGGACAUCGUGAAACCUGUUGUAAAGUUGGUACUAAGACAACUGCAGUGAAACUUAAAAAAUUCUAAAGAAUAUGAUUGAUUCUGAUUGUAUACGAUGUUGUAAACGACUAUGUAUGUGGUACUACAUGCUGUCCUUAUGAUUAAUAUGUUUAUUUUUGUCUGUCAUAAAUCUUUUAUAUUAUAUUUCAGGAGAUUCAUACUGGUGUAAUGUCAGUAUUUGUUGAAAUUAUUUGAAUGAAAUCAAACGUGCAUGCUCAGGCAUAAAACCUUUUGAGGUUUGUUUUAUUUCAGUUUUUCUAUGUGCAGUUGAAUGUAAAGCUGUCGGCUGGAUCCCACACAGAUACAGUAUAUACAGAGAUUUUGUGUCAAGAAGAAGAAAGAGAAAGAAUGUAUUGCUGUAAUUUUUCCUUGUGAGACAAUUUAUUUAUAUACAGCAUAUUUAUUACUGCUUUCAUCUGUGAAGUCAUAAAUACAUAUUUCUACAAAGGGUUUUUUUUUAGUUUGGGAAAAAAGUGUCAUGAUAAUUGCUUGACAAUGUACAACACUAACCUUAAGUGACUUUGUCUCUGUUGUUUGACAGUGAUAAAAUGCUGUGUUUGGUCUUUUUUCACCCCACUCAUUUUGCAAGUACAUGCAUCUAUGUAUAGCUUUAUAAACAGCCAAUCCAAUAAACCUAUACACAAAAUGCAAUCUGAAUCAGCUCUCAAUAUUUCCGGAGAGCUUGCUGUAAAAAUGAUCCUUGUAAUAAAUGGACAGAUUUUUUUUUUUAAUUGUUCCUAUAAGGUUUUAAGCAUGUUAUCGCUACCAGUUUGUAAUAAUCAAUGAUGAGGCAAAAAAUGUGUGAUUUACCAAUACCCUCUGAUACAGACUGCUAUUGUUUUUCCAAUGUUUUAAAAUAUCAGAUCAUAACAAAUAGCUCUGAGGUUCAGAAUCUGUAAAAGAAAAAAAAAAAAAAAUUAAAACAACCCACCUGGCA